AUAUUCAUAUAUAUAGCCUAUUUCAGAAAUUCUGUCCCAACUAUAUAAGUAUAUUGAGUUUCAAUAAUAUGGUGCACUACACCCUGCAGUUAUAUUAUUUCUAUCUUUGUGAACUUUCAUUAACCAUUUCUAGCCAUCUUGACUUAGCCAAAGUUGUUACUUUGCACAGAAAAAUCAAUUCUAAGUUGGCCAGGAAACGCAGCCAGCCAUACUUAUUUUUAAAAUUUGCUCCCAACAAUUAUAAUAUAAAAUCUUGCCUUCAACAAAAGCUUUUAACCGCACUUGUUUGAAUAUCACUGUAAAAGAUUAUCAUUGUGACUAUUUCUAGCUAUUUCCAGCUAUAGUUUGUCUUGAUUCUCUAGGUAAUAUUUAUUAGAAACAACAACGUAGUUUACAAGGUCCGAGCUGUGUCAGCCAUGCUUUUAUGAGUGCCUCCUAUUCUAAGUGACGUCACGUAAAACUACAAGAGACUGUCAAUCAACUAUCGUGACAUAGUUUGUUGUUUUGUUGCAGCAGUAAAACCGUGUACUUUAUCAGUCAUAAAAUUAUUUUGACCAUGUGGCUCAAAGCUUGUUCAUUCAUGAAUUAUUUGACAAAUAUCCAUGGGUAUUAUUAUUGGGUAUCUUUUUUGUUAACAAGCAGCCGGCUGCCGGUGAAGUCGUCUGUUUUCAUGUCUUUGCCGGCUCUUUUUUUCUGUAUUUUCCUUUCAUAAUUUGGGGAUGAAGGCUUUUUUUCGCCACCAAAAUCUGGAAAGCCGGCAAAAUCUAGCAGAUUUAAAAAAGUUAUUUUGAACCCUGGAAUGUAUAAAACUCCGUGCAUUUUCGUAGAUCCACCGCAUGGAUCCACUCCUUAGUUAAAAUAUCUUACAUUUACAUCAAAGUUUACUACUACUACAUAUGGAUCGAUUUCGUGAGACGCAAAACCGUCACAGUCAAUGUGCGCACUUCAUUACUUUUUGAACCUCUACAAGCCUGCCGAGUUGCCCACUUUAGAAUUGCUAAAUUUAAGAAGGAACUUACGUCUAUGCCUACACAUGAAGACAUCUCGUUUUGAACUCAUUGUCCCUGUCUCUACUUUUGCUUGGUGAACUACCUCUUUUACAAGGCAUUCACCAAAGGACAUUCUUCCCUUUUCCUCCAAUUACAUCUUCUAUCAUUCUCUCCCUGUUCAUUGGCACUUCUUUUCAAAAUGGUUUUAUUGUGCAUGUAAAUUAUUUGUUUUACAUUUGGCAUACAGCUAAAGCUAAGUUGCUGACAGUAGGGGCACAUAUCAACUAACUUAAGGAACUCUCCACCUAUGUUAGUCCUGUCAAGUUGAGCACUGUUUUGGCCCCCGGUGAGAGCUUUUACCCAAAUAUAUAUUAUUAUUUAUCUAAUACAGCUGUUAUCUGUGUAGAUCAGCCCCUUUGUGGAAAAUACAGCAAUUGUUUCUAUAGGCAUUUAAGUUUAUUUUAGCCCUUGGGGGAGGGGUGAAACAUAAUGUUUAAAAAUGGCAUAUGUCUAAUAGUUUUCCUUAACUUUAACUCUCUUUAAUAACCUUAUUUUUGUUUCAGGUUGAUGACAAAACUGUUACAUUGCUAAGCCACGAGGAUCUUAAGACUUUAGGUAUUGACUAUCUUGGGGACAGAUUAUUAAUCAUUAACCAUUUCAAAAACUCUGUUCGUGAAGAAAAAUUAGAACGUGUGCGGUCCCUCUUAGAUGCAAGCAAAAAAAGGAAGCAGAAAAGUACUAAUAAUGCCUCAACGAGUAAGAAUGCUCCCACUCUGACGUACUACUUUGGAUGGAAGCACUGGAAUGAGUCUAGAAAGGAGUAUAUCCAGAAAAAGACAAAUAAUGGUGGGGGAUCCAGAGAGUGCAAAUUACCAAGGAAUGCUUCCAAAGAAGAAUGUAUGUCGAAAGCGAAAGAGUUUUUCUUUCCUGAGGGUGAGAGUCCGGAAGGUCGUCAAGAUCUUAUGACUUUUAAGCUCACAGGAAUUGAGAAGGAAAUUGAUGAUGAUUUCAAGUACGAAGACUACAAGAGAGACACGGGUCUUUCAAGGCCAAGGCUGUUCUUGUGCAGUCGUCGACGUAUCAGCUGCGGCAAAGCAAACAACCUAGAAGACAGUGACAGUGACAGUGAUCUUCUUAAAUCAGUAUUUGAUAGUGGCUAUGCAGACUCUGAAGCAGGACCUUCUUUUGAAUUUGACAAGGCAGCUCUCGCGGACAUACUAGGGACAAGUAGAGAAGACAACCAAAGUGAAUUGAUCGGCACAUCUGAGGAGAGAAAAGCCAUUUUCAAGGAACAGCUAGAACAGUUAGAGGAAUCAAGCAGAAUAGACAAGGAAAAAGAUCGUCUGCGUCUAGAAGAAGAGCAGGAACUAACCAAGCAAGAAGAAAUACGCCAAAAAAGAAGACGGCGAGUGCUUGAUGAACCCGCCCCUGGGGAUCAGUCGGUAGAGGUACGUAUACGACAUCCUCGCAUGGGAGUCUUAAAGAGAAGGUUUCACGUAAGAUCAAGUGUACAAGCCGUCUAUGAUUGGGCAGGGUCGGUUAGUGCAACGCCUUUGUACUUUCAGCUAUGCAAGUAUCCAAACACUGUUAUUUAUCCUUCCGAUGAAAUAUCACAAGCAUGCAAUGAAAUCCUUAAUGUGGUUUCAAGAGGACAGCCCGUGCCUCUUUCGGUCGAAGAGGAUUCUGUGACCAUCAAUGACGGGCAAAAGCUCUACAUCGAUAUCGAUAUGGAUGACACAAUACCAGAUGCUCUUCAUAUCGGGCUAUCUGAUACACCACCACAAAUGCUGUUGGAAGACGACGAACCAAUGACGGAAGAAGAAGCCAUUGCCCUUACCCAUUACAACGUCUUAAACAAAAAAAGACAAGAAGAAUUGACCAAGUACCUCAAAACAAAUAUUGUGGAAAUAGAUAAAGAUCACAUUGUUGAAGAGAUUCUGAAACUAUACAAAGACACGUCGCUACUGCAAAACUACUUAGAAAUUGAAUGUGGACUGACUGCCACAGGCGAUGGAGUGCUCAGAGAAAUGCUCACGAGUUUUUGGGAGAAAUUCCUGAUGCGAAAUGGCGAAGGAAGUAGAGAAAUACCCCUUCCACUUGGCCCAAGCAUUGCACGCGAAACGUAUGAAAUACUUGGAAGAAUUUAUCAUCAUGGAUUUAUGCUAACGGGAAGCUUUCCUGUUACAAUUCCCAGGGCGUCUAUCCAUUACGCCCUGUUUGAUUGCGUUAAGGAUGAAUGCCUUGAAGAGUCGUUCCUGAACACUCUCCCUGCCAAGCAACGCGAAACACUUUCCGCUGCUCUUUCCAGCAAAUCAGCUGCAUCAUUCCCUGAUAAAAUUGUGUGCGAUAUUCUUGAAGAUUAUGGCAACAUGAGAUGGCCGUCCCAAGAGAACAUAUGUUCUAUUGUCAAGGAUGUUGCCGUACAUGAGUUGGUUGCUAAGCCUGCAAUGGCUUUGCAGCAGUUUCGAAGUGGAAUGGGAGAGUUUUGGAAGGAUGUGCCACCGCAGGAAAUUGAUGCAGUGUACAAGCUGUCUCAGCCAACCUCACGUAGAGUCAAGGCAGCCCUUAGAGGUAAUCCUCUAACCAAGAAGGAAGAGUCUGUACUGAGAUGGCUGAAGUUGUUCAUUGAUGAGUGUGGCGAUAAGAUGCUACGGAGGUUUCUGGUUUUUUGCACGGCAUCAGAUAGCCUUGCGCCCGAUAAAACUAUUCAAGUUCGCUUCGAGUCAAUGCCAAGUGCAGCAAUCAGACCGAAGGCGCAGACAUGUUUCCGAAUCCUGAUCCUGCCAACCAAUUUCUGUGGCUAUGCAGCAUUUCAGGCCAACAUGGACAUAUACCUGACUUACAGAGACGCAUGGGAAAUGAAAGACUAUUAAAGUUGAACGGAAUUCAUAUAUAUUUGUUACAGUUCUGGAUGAGGCUUUUGAAGUAGAGUUUUUUGUUGUUGUUGGAAAGUCUGCCAGCAGGCCAAAUGUGAACGACCACGUUCACAUGACUUUGAAAUAGCUUCGUCUAUUACCUACGUCUAUUGCAUGACAGACAACAAGAGGAUUUGUUAUAUAUAUUUGUUACAGUUAUGAAUGCCUCUGCCGUUCAUUGAAAUAGCUACGCACAUGUCAAAUAGCUACGUGUAUUGUAUGACUUAAAACAAAACAGUGGGUGUUACUGACAAAAGAGAAGCUUAUGUGCGAGCUUUACAUCGUUACUUUUUUUAAUAAAAAUUUCAUACAUCA